ACUAGUCUCGAGUUCACCAGAAGAAGAAGGAGGAGGCGUCGUCGUCAUUGUUUUGGUCAUCUGGUUUUUUCUCAGGUUGCAUCUAUGAUUGAAUGAAGAGAAAAUCCUCCGAAUAGGGCGAUAAAUACUGACAGAGCUUCUGUAGUUUGAAUAACUUGAUAAGUCAGCAUGACGACCAAGCACAGACUGAUAACUGAUUCAUUCAAGGUGGUAAAGAAAGCAAGGAGGGGUGGGAAACGAGAGAAGAGAUCUACUCCUCCUCCACCACAGAAAGAGGCUGAGACUGACACAGUCAGACAGGAGGAGCUGCAGAAGCUCAGACAGUUUGAUCUGGACUGGAGAUUUGGGCCCUGCACAGGUAUCAGCAGGCUGCAGAGAUGGGAGAGAGCACAGCUUCAUGGUCUGAACCCACCUGAGGAGAUCAGAGAGCUGCUGCUGAAAACACACAUCGAUCCUGAGUACAAGCUGAGCCUGUGGAGUGAAUAUCCUUUGUGAGGAAGUCAUCCUAUGAAAGAGAAAUUAACACAGACGCCAACAGAAGUCAAAUACGAGACCGAAGAAUGGCAGAACAUCCAGAUGUGUUAUUUCUUUUCUUGCAGUUGCAGUACAUUGUCUUCCUCACACUAAGUUUUAUUAACAUUUAAAACUUUUUUUAAAGAAUCUACCAAAACAC